CGCCGCGGCGGGGAGCUGGAGGCAGGGCCUCCGCCAUCUUGUCCUGGUCCCUGAGCAGCGUGAGCGAUGGGGGGGGCGUCCUGUGGAUCUUAAAGGGGGCACGGUCCCGGGGUGGGGCCACCUCCGGUUGAGAUGGAGCGCGACCCAGCAGAGGAGACCCCCCCUAUGGAGCCGGGCCGCCCGGGCCGGCAGCGCGUCCCCGACUGCAUCCGCCGACAGAAGCGACGGGAGCUGGACGCCCGCCGCAGCAAGUGCCGCAUCCGCAUCGGGGGGCACCUGGAGCGCUGGUGUCGCCUCAAGGAGCAGCUCGGCUUCGCCCUGCACUCCCAGUUGGCCCAGUUCCUCCUCGACAGGUACAGCUCCCACGGCUGCGUCUGGAGCCCAGGUGAGCCGGAGCCCAACCUUCUCCACGCUGAUGCCCUGCAGCGCCUGGUUGUCCUGUCCCACGGUCACGGCCAAGAGUGUGGUUUCAUCCCCGAUGUGAAGCCCCCAGCCCCAGGUGGCACCUCCCAGCUGGUGUGGGAGUGUGUGGCGGGGCACAGCUUCUCCUGGGGUGUCCCCGCGGCAGUGGGAGACCAUACCCCCGCAACCAGCCACCACGGAGAGGAACAACGGGGGGAUUCAGGGUGCAGCUCCCCACCAGGCACGGGCCGACGGCGCUCGCUCCGGCAAGUGGGGCUGACCGCUGAGUCCGGCUCCGGGAAGGACAAUGCUGAACUGGAGAGAGCAGCGCGGUCACCCGUCAGUGAUGGGGACCAGAGGGAAGAACUGGGAGCUGGUAGUGAUGAUGGCAAUGAUGGCAAUACAGCUCCCCAAGUGCCAACGGAGACAGGGACCACGGCAAAAGAUCACGGGAGCGCACUUGUCCCAGAGGAGAAAGCGGAGCAGGGGGCUGAGCCCCAAGAAGAAGAGGAGGAAGACGACUUUGCCGAGGAUGAUGACCUUGCCUACACCGAUGACCUACGUGAUGAGAACUACCACCCAUCUCUGGACAGUGACUCUGAGCCACAGCGACGACAAAGCCAGACCAAAACCCGUAAGAAAACCGUAAAGGAGGAGCAGCCCCCAAAUGAGCCGAUCCUGACCGGCUCCAGCCCUUUGGAGGAGAAGAGUGGACGAGUCAGCUGCAAGAGGCGAGCGCGGCCGUGUGACGAGGACGUGGCCCAGAUCGGCCCGAAAAGAAUCAGGAAGGCGGCGAAGCGCGAGAUCCUCCUGUGCGACUUUGAAGGCUGCGGCAAGAUCUUCUCCAACCGCCAGUACCUGAACCACCACAAGAAGUACCAGCACGUCCACCAGAAGACCUUCACCUGCUCGGAGCCCAGCUGCGGCAAGUCCUUCAACUUCAAGAAGCACCUCAAGGAGCAUGAGAAACUGCACAGUGACAAGCGGGACUACAUCUGCGAGUUCUGCGCCCGUUCCUUUCGUACCAGCAGCAAUUUGAUCAUCCACAGGCGCAUCCACACAGGAGAGAAACCCCUGCAGUGCGAGAUCUGCGGCUUCACCUGCCGCCAGAAAGCCUCUCUGAACUGGCACAUGAAGAAACAUGACGCCGACUCCUUCUACCAGUUCUCCUGCGACAUCUGCGGCAAGAAGUUUGAGAAGAAAGACAACGUCACUGCCCACAAAAGCAAAAGUCACCCCGAAGCGCCUGGCGCUCCGCCCCAAACCGAGGGGAGCCAACGGCAGACAGUGCCAUCUCCACCGCUGAGCUUCAGUGCAGGGAUGCAGGCAGGGCUAGAGCACCCGGAGGCACCUGCGGCAUUGGCCGUGGAACCCCUGGAGAUGCCGGGGCUUGGGGACACCCUGGGGAGCAGUGGUGAACUGGAGAAGACCCCAUCUGCCAUUGCAGCCUCGGCUGAUUAUCGGGGGGGUAUUGGAAAGGAGCCAGGUGCACCCCGAGGCCAGGUGAUGGACGGUAUCGGUUCGUAGCAUCCUCUGGUUCUUGGCUAAAGGAGGGACCAGAGAGCAGGAUGGAGCAAGGUGAAAUGUUGCUGCAGCAUGCCAAGGUGCCAAAAAUCCCAGCUUCCAGGCAAGGACUGGCACUUCCCAGAGGAAAUCCCAGCUUCUCCACCAAAACCUGGGCUUCCCUCGAGCUGGCAGCAGCGUUGCUGCAGGCAGAGAACCUCUUGCCUGGCUCCAGCUGCAAGGAGAGAGUGUAAGGUUGCUGAAGUCCUGGGCAGGAUCCUGAAUAAAGACUUAAAUUUUGUGUAAAAA